UGUCAAUAUGGUCACCGGCUGAUUUCUGUGAUAACUCAAAUAUUAUCUAUAUAUUAAACAUAUGAUACAUUUCAGAUUUCGACUAUUGACUUGUCAAAAUGAUUUUGACAACGCCAAACCGAUACAUUGAUUUUGAGAAAAAACCUUGUUCUGUGCUAAUUCUUGUUAAUACGUACCUAUCAUAUUAGGAUGGGUAAUGCAGGAAGUAAUCAACCAAAAGAAUGGAGUAAAGAUCAAACACACAAGCAAGCUGAAACGGGUCCGUCAUCUCCUGCUAAAGAAGGAGAGGCAUUUACGUUUGACAAAAAAAACGAUGAUGAUAGAGCCGGAAGGGAUGACGACAAUAACAUUGAAGAUGGUGCACCGUAUUAUACCAAAGCUGUGCCCGAACACGACGUAGAACAAACACAAGUUUGUGAGAGAUCAAAUACAUUAACAGACAGUAGUAAAAAUAUUGAAGAUGUAAAAGUAUUGCCAACUGUAUUUAAAUGGGAAGGAGGUGGUAAACAGGUUUUCAUCAGUGGCACAUUUACCGAUUGGAAAACAAUCCCUAUGGUUAAAUCUCAUAAAGACUUUGUAACUAUAAUUGAUUUACCAGAAGGUGAGCAUCAGUAUAAGUAUUUUGUAGAUGGAGAAUGGCGACAUGACCCAUCAGUAAAGCUAGUUGAUAAUGGAAUGGGAUCUAAAAACAACUUAGUGACAGUUAAAAUGUCAGACUUUGAAGUUUUCCAAGCUCUUGCAAAAGAUAGUGAAGGCGUACAUAGUAGUGCUCAAACUGAAUAUUCCCAGGAGAUACCUCAAUCGAAGCCAUGGGAGAAAGUAUCUGGACCUCCUAUAUUACCUCCACAUCUCUUGCAAGUCAUACUUAACAAGGACACACCUCUAUCAUGUGAGCCAACACUAUUACCAGAGCCAAACCAUGUGAUGUUAAAUCAUUUAUAUGCUCUGUCUAUAAAAGAUGGAGUUAUGGUGCUAUCUGCUACUCAUAGAUACAGAAAGAAGUAUGUUACAACACUGCUGUACAAACCUAUUUAA